AUGGCUAUUAUUGAAGACUGGAGUGACGAUGAAACUGAAAUUGCUACAGUUACAAUUGUACCACCGGAAAAAGUUGACGAAAAUACCGAUGAAGAAGAUUUUGAUGAUGAUGUAAUAACUAUGGGUGAAUGCGAAGAUAUAGUGGAAUGUGCUGGAACAUUUGAGCUAGAUACGAUUGAAAAAUCUACAGGAGACUAUAUACAUCAAAAUGACCAUAUCGAAGAAGAUAACGUCACUGGUAUCGAAAUUUCGUCAGAUACAACACCAUCUACCUCAGAAAAUCCCUCCAAAAGGCAGCGAAUUGAGACAAAUGAAACACCAGUUAAAAAAUAUAAGCCCUUAUCAGCUUUUAGUAAGCCCAAGUGGGUGCAGAGAAAAAACCGUGACGGGACAUUCGAAUAUGAUAUUUCCCCUACAACCGAGCCAUUGGAUGAUGUUAAGAAAAACUUGGCAGAAACCUUCCAAAGCAAAACCCCAUUGGAAUUGUUUUCACUCUUUUUUGAUAACGAAGUCCUUGACAUGAUUAUCGAAGAAACAAGUAGAUAUGCUCAGCAGAAAAACGAACACUUUCGCAUUGAUCAAGUUGCUUUGAAGCGAUUUCUUGGUAUUUUAAUUUUAUCAGGAUAUCAUACUUUGCCGACAACUCGUGACUAUUGGUCAACAAACCCAACAUUAGGAGUACCUAUCGUGAAAGUAUGCAUGUCCAGGAAUCGUUUUCAAGAUAUCAAGAGGUUCAUCCAUUUCGGGAACAACUACAAUCUUGAUUCGACAGAUAAAAUGGCUAAGGUAAGACCAUUGUAUAAAGUUAUGAACGCAAAAUUUAUGCAAUUUGGUGUUUGGGAGGAGAAGCUUUCAAUCGAUGAACAAAUGGUUCCAUACUUUGGACGUCAUUCUUGCAAAAUGUUCAUACGUGGGAAACCCAUUCGUUUCGGCUACAAAUUGUGGUGUCUGUGUUCGGCUUCUGGCUACCUUUAUAAUUGUAUACCAUAUGCUGGAGCAGCCGAUAAAUACGACAAGCAGGUUGGAUUGGGAGCAGAUGUGGUUUUACGCUUGCUGGAAAAUGUUGAGUAUCCAAGUCGUCAUAUGAUUUGGGUCGAAAAAUUCCGAGUCAUAGAAGUUGGGUCUCAGCCAGCUUUCGAUUAUAACGAAGGCAUCGUAGUCUAA